CUCCAUUAUGGAUAUCGACUUUACAUCUUCAAUUUUACUUCUUUCCUUCAUCAUAUUGCUAGCAAAAAUCUUCAAAGUAGCCAGGCGAUCCUCGGGCGUUUUGAAUCUUCCGCCGGGGCCGAGAAAGCUUCCGGUGAUCGGAAACUUGCACCAGCUCCUCGGCCCUCAGCUGCCUCACCGGAUUUUGAGCGACUUGGCGAAGAAAUACGGUCCGGUGAUGCACCUGAAGCUCGGCGAAGUGAGCACAGUUAUUUUAUCCUCGGCCGAUGCCGCGAAAGAAGUCAUGAAGACACACGACAUCAACUUCGCCAAUAGGCCGUCGCUCAUAGCCCCGGAAAUUUUAUUUUACAAGAAUACCGAUAUAGCGUUCUCCCGGUACAGCGAAUACUGGAGACAAUUGCGCAAAAUUUGCACGAUAGAACUGUUGAGCGCAAAACGUGUCCAAUCGUUCCAGCCUUUAAGAGAAGAAGAAGUUUCGAAACUCUGCCGAUGGAUAGCUUCUAAAGAAGGGUCGGUGAUCGAGUUGUCGGAAAAAGUUUGCUUAACUUCGUGCGACAUUGUAAUGCAAGCAUCCCUCGGGUACAAUUCCGACGAGCUAGCUGCGUUCACAUCCAUAGUCGAAGAAACAGUUGAACUCAUUGGAGGAAUGAACUUGGGGGAUUUCUUUCCUUCGAUCAAAUUGAUCGGCCUACUCACCGGGAUCAGAGGCAGGGCAGAGAGACUGCAUAAACAUUCCGACAGGAUACUUGCCAACAUAAUCGACGAAUGCAAAGCUGCGAAAGAUGAGUCGAAGAAACAGGAAAACUUUGUCGACGUUCUCCUCAAGUUCAACGACGAAGGGCAUGAACUCUACUUAACUACCGAGAACAUAAAAUCCGUCCUGCGAGAUAUGUUCACUGCUGGAAUCGAAACAUCAUCGACAACUAUAAAUUGGGCUAUGGCGGAGAUGCUAAAACAACCAAAAGUCCUUAAGAAGGCGCAAGACGAAGUGCGAAUGGUCUUCAAGGACAAGGGGCGUGUCGAAGAGGCUGACUUUGACGAGCUAAAGUACCUAAAGCUCGUCAUCAAAGAGACUCUCCGGCUACAUACUCCGGUGCCAUUACUUGUUCCUAGAGAAAACUCGGAGCCAUGUGUUAUCAACGGAUAUAAUAUACCGGCAAAGACAAGGGUCAUGGUGAAUACUUGGUCCAUCGGAAGAGAUCCGAAGUACUGGGAUAAUGCCGAGAGUUUCUUGCCGGAGCGAUAUCUUGACAAUCCAGUUGAUUUUAAGGGAAACAAUUUCGAAUACCUCCCCUUUGGUGCCGGAAGAAGGAUUUGCCCGGGAAUGUCUUUUGGGCUCGCAAACGUCGAGCUCCCAUUGGCGAUGUUUCUCUAUCACUUCGAUUGGGUGCUGCCUGAUGGAAUGAAACCUGAAGAUCUGGCCAUGGAGGAAACCUUUGGGAUUACAUCAAGAAGGAAAGAUCCACUCCAUGUCAUUCCAACAGUUAUAAAUCCUUUGCCUGUAAAAUAAAGUUCUCUUUCUGGUGCUAGGGAUGGAAACAGGUUUACGGAUUUUGCAUGCCCCGGAAUCCGCCCUGCCUUAGGUCAGCCCUAAUUUGAAAAGAGAAUGCUUACAUUGUCGAUUUGAUUUCCAAAUAGCAUAUAUAAAAUAUAUAAAAAACAUACAUUUCGUUUUCUCGAAUCAGCAAACAUAAAAUAUACAAACAGCACACAUGGCAUGGGGUAAAAUCAAUUGUUACAUAUGUGGUUAGUUUAUGUAAUAUAUUUGUGUUAUAUUAAUAUAAACGAUCUGAUGUUUGUAGUAAUAUCGUGUUUUGUAUAUUAGCAUAGUUAAAUUUUAAAAUUCAG